CCAUUGGGUCUAAAGUUCCAUCCAGUCUAAACUUUCUUUUCUUUCUUACUACUCUCUCUAGUUCUGUACUACUCCCGAAAGCCAAAAAAAAACACGUCCUCUUUCACAUUACAAAAAAACCCAACAAAAACCCUAAAACCCUAGCUAUGGUGUUUCUAGGCAUGAGGAAAAACAGAGAAGGAGAACUCGACAACAUAACCAACAUGAACAUGGCCAAUUGCUUGAUGCUCCUCUCUCGCACCAACAGCAACGACUUCUUGGAGAAGGCCGGAGACGUCCCGAGCCGGGUUUUCGAGUGCAAGACGUGCAACCGGCAGUUCCCGUCCUUCCAAGCGCUCGGUGGGCACCGGGCCAGCCACAAGAAGCCGAGACUCACCGGAGGAGAGUCGAAUACCGAGAAUCAAUCGCCGGCUAAGCCCAAAACCCACGAGUGCUCGAUUUGUGGUCAGGAGUUCGCGAUAGGGCAAGCUCUGGGAGGACAUAUGAGGAGGCAUAGAGCCGCGGUGCAGGAGAACCAAGCUCCUCCUCCUCCUCCUCCUCCUCCUCCUUUGUCUUUGUUUCCUACUGAUGAAGAAAUACAAGAAGAAGCAAAAAAGAAGGCUAAAGCUUUAUCUGCUUUGUCUUUGUUUCCUACACAACAAUUACCAGUUUUGAAUAGAUCAAACAGCAAGAGGGUUCUGUGUUUGGAUUUGGAUUUGAGUUUGAAUUUGGCACCUCCACAGAGCAAAAUGGCUUUUUAGAGUUUUUAUUUUUUUGUAUUGAGAUCUGGAUUCAGAUUUAUUUAUUUGUCUAUAGGCAUAAUAAUUUUUUUUUUUUUUAUUUUUUUAUUUAUGUAUAUUAAUUUAUAUAAUAAUACUUAAGUUUGGACUUUUUAUUUACAGAAAA